AAACCUGACAAACGGAAGCUGCGCCUUAAAACCAAGUAGGGAACAUCAGGAUCCUUAGGGCUCCACGGAGAUGGCCACCGCAUCGCUGGACGCACUGCAAGCAGCCUAUGUGGACUUCAGUGAGCUAACACUACGAGAGAAAGUCGGCCAUGGGUCCUACGGAGUGGUCUGCAAGGCCGUCUGGCGCGACAGGCUGGUGGCCGUCAAGGAGUUCUUCGCCAGCGCCGAGCAGAAGGACAUCGAGAAGGAGGUGAAACAGCUGUCGCGCGUGAAGCACCAGAACAUCAUCGCUCUGCACGGAAUAUCUUCGUACCAGCAGGCCACCUACCUGAUCAUGGAGUACGCCGAAGGUGGAUCCCUGCACAACUUCCUUCACGGCAAGGUGAAACCGGCCUAUUCCCUGGCCCACGCCAUGAGCUGGGCGCGCCAGUGUGCGGAGGGCCUGGCAUAUUUGCAUGCCAUGACGCCGAAACCGCUGAUCCAUCGCGACGUGAAGCCGCUGAACCUGCUCCUGACCAACAAGGGGCGCAAUCUGAAGAUCUGCGACUUCGGCACGGUGGCGGACAAGUCGACCAUGAUGACCAACAAUCGCGGCAGUGCCGCUUGGAUGGCGCCCGAGGUCUUCGAAGGUUCCAAGUAUACGGAGAAAUGUGACAUUUUCAGCUGGGCCAUUGUGCUGUGGGAGGUGCUGUCCAGGAAGCAACCCUUUAAGGGCAUCGACAAUGCCUACACCAUCCAGUGGAAGAUCUACAAGGGUGAACGCCCACCGCUGCUGACAACCUGCCCCAAGCGCAUCGAGGACCUGAUGACCGCCUGCUGGAAAACGGUGCCCGAGGAUCGCCCGUCGAUGCAGUACAUAGUGGGCGUCAUGCACGAGAUCGUCAAGGACUAUACGGGGGCGGACAAGGCCCUGGAAUACACAUUUGUUAAUCAACAGAUUGUCACCAAAGAGAGCGACGGCACGGUGGCCGCUCAACCGGAUAGCCUCAGUUCGCAGGAGGGGGAACUGAGCCCCUCGUCCACACAGUUAACACCGACAACGGCGGCCAACGCCAAUGUGAAUGCGAUAGCAAUAACAGAAACAACGACUAGCUCAAUGACCGAAAAUACCUCAUCAACAUCAUCGGACAUCACGCCGACGAACUCGGGCCAAAUUGACAAUAAUCCGCUAUUCCACAUGGUCAGCAAUCGCUGGGACGCGAUUCCCGAGGAGGAUAGCAACGAGAGCCGUAACGAUAGCUUCAACCUCACCUCGUCGGCGGAGGCCACUCAGCGCCUCGAGACGAUCCGGAACGGCAUGAUCCUGAUGGCCUGCAAGCCCAUGGAGCAGCUCACCCUCGACGUGGAGGCGAAUGGCUUCGAUCUGAGUCGCAGCGAAAGCAGCAGCAGCAGCACGAACGCAAAGAGCGAUGGCCGCGAACGACUCACGGUGACGGACACCAAGCCGGUGAUGAUGACCACGGACCUGGCCAACAACAACAACCACGCCCACUCGAACGGACUGCUGAGUCAUGCGAAUGAGGAGCUGCAGGAGCAGGAGCACGAGCAGGAGAUUGUCAACUCGCUGGACGUGGAUGUGGAUGUGGAUCCCGACGAGGAUGAGAACGACGGCACCGAACAAUCGCUGGCCGAGAUUCUCGAUCCGGAGCUUCAGCCAGAGCCACCGAUUCCCAACGAUGCCGAGUCGCAGCUCAUCUACCGAGAGCACCGGCACAUGGCCAAGGAGUACCUGAGCGUCGACACGAACCUCUACUACGCGCAGGACUUCAAGGACAAGCUCAUUGUGCAAAUGGAUCGCACCGAGCGCGAACAGAAGCAGGAGCUGCUGCGCAAGAUGAAGGAUAAGGAGGGUCUACAGAGUCUUUACAACAAUCUGCAGCAGCAGUACGCUUCCCGCCGACUUGCGGCCGGCCAUCAUCCGCACCCUCAUCCGCAUCCGCAUCCUCAUCAGCAUUCACACUCGCAUCCCCAUCCCCAUCCGCACUCGCAUGCGCAGCAGGAGGAGGGCAGUGGACUGCAGUCCGGAUCGGUGGGCGGAGGCUCUGAGUCCGUGGAAGAAGGCUGGGUGGUCAUCCCACCGCACCACAACGCGUAGUCUCCUGCGCCGUCGGAUCGACUCUCUAUGUUUUUUAGGCUAGUACUGUAACCUUUAAUCCGUAAUCUGUUAUCUGUAAUCUGUAAUCUGUAAUCUGUAAUCUGUAAUCUGUAAUCUGUAAUCUGUAAUCUGUAAUCUGUAAUCUGUAAUCUGUAAUCCGUAAUCUGUAAUCCAUAAUCUGUAAUCCAAUAUUCGUAAUCUGUAUCUGUACCAUUAGCCAUAGCACUUUGUUUAUUUGCGGACGUGCUUGUUCGUUGUAAGCGUUUUUUAUUUAAGUUUAAGCGUAUUUAGUCCGUGUUUCUUUUAAUUUAGCAAACAACUGUUUUGAUCCAUUAGCAGUCUCGCCAACUUCAUUUAGGUUUUAAUAUUAUGGUAAAGCUUAAUUACACACAUACUUAGCAUUAACACAUGUAUCUGACAAGGAGUAGACCAAAAAAAUAUAAAAACCAUCGAAAGCAACGACAAAACAAA